AACCAGGCUCAGAAAGUCCUAUGGAAGAUUCACCUUCAACAGAUCGGUUGCGUUUUGACAGGUUUGAUAUAUGUCGGUUGUUAAAACAUGGUGCAUCUCUUCUUGGAUCUGCUGGUGCAGAAUUUGAAGUCCAAGAUGAUAAAUCAGGUGAAAUUGAUCCUAAAGAGAGGAUAGCUCGACAGAGGAAACUGUUACAAAAGAAACUUGGCUUAGAUAUGGGUGCUGCCAUUGGGAUGAAUACUGAAGAUCUCUUCAAUGAUGAGGAUCUGGACUAUUCGCCUUCUUCAGUUUCACUAGUAAACAAACAACCUACUCUUCAAGCUGCUGAGUUAAUUGACUCAGAAUUUCGAGCUGGUAUGAGCAGUAGACAAAAGAAUAAAGCCAAAAGAAUGGCUAAGCUAUUUGCAAAGCAAAGAUCCAGGGAUGCAGUGGAAGCUAAUGAAAAGAGCAAUGAUAGCACUGAUGGGGAACCAGAAGAAAAGAGAAGAAAAGUUGCAAAUGUUGUCAUCAACCAGCCUGCCACAGACUCAAAAACAUUGGUCGAAAAUGCUCCAGAAGAGGCAAAUGAAUGGCCUCUGGAAAGCUUUUGUGAAGAGGUGUGCAAUGAUCUGUUUAACCCUUCUUGGGAGGUUCGACAUGGUGCAGGUACUGGACUGAGAGAGAUACUUAAAGCUCAUGGUAAAAGUGGUGGUAAAAUGGGAGAUAGCUCUUUAGAAGAGAUGAUUCAGCAGCAUCAGGAGUGGCUAGAAGACUUGGUUAUUAGACUUCUUUGUGUGUUUGCAUUAGACAGAUUUGGAGACUUUGUUUCAGAUGAAGUGGUAGCACCAGUACGUGAGACUUGUGCUCAGACUUUGGGAGUAGUAUUGAAACACAUGAAUGAGACUGGAGUUCAUAAAACUGUGGACGUUCUCCUGAAGCUGCUUACACAGGAACAGUGGGAAGUGAGACAUGGUGGUCUCCUAGGAAUAAAGUACGCUUUGGCAGUACGUCAGGACAUGAUCAACACUUUAUUGCCUAAAGUGUUGCCUGCAAUAGUUGAAGGUCUCCAAGAUCUGGAUGAUGACGUCCGAGCUGUUGCUGCAGCAUCUUUAGUACCAGUGGUGGAAAGCCUGGUCCAACUUCAGUCUCAGAAGGUACCCUUUAUUCUUAAUACCUUGUGGGAUGCACUUCUGGAGUUGGAUGACUUGACAGCUUCUACAAAUAGUAUCAUGAUCCUUCUUUCUUCUCUUCUGACUUAUCCUCAGGUCCGCAAAUGCAGUAUUCAGCAAUCACUCACAGUUUUGGUCCCACGUGUGUGGCCAUUCUUGCAUCAUACCAUAUCUUCUGUGCGAAAAGCAGCACUGGAAACAUUAUUCACACUGCUGUCUACCCAAGACCAGAGCUCUUCAGCAUGGCUGACUCCAAUUCUGCAAGACAUGUUGAGGCACAUAUUUCAGUUUUGUAUCUUAGAAAGCAACCAAGAAAUUCUGGAUCUUAUUCACAAGGUAUGGCUGGAACUGUUAAACAAAGCAUCUGUACAGUAUGUGGUUGCAGCUGCUUGUCCAUGGAUGGGAGCCUGGCUUUGCUUAAUGAUGCAACCAUCUCACUUGCCCAUUGACUUAAACAUGUUGCUAGAAGUGAAAACCAGAUCAAAAGAAAAAGCAGGUGCUAAACUGCGUCAAGGUCAAACCCAGAAUAAGGAAGUGAUUCAGGAAUAUAUUGCUGGGGCAGAAAGCGUUGCAGAAGAUCCAGCAACCAGGGAUUAUGUUGUCAUGCGAGCUCGGAUGAUGGCAGCAAAGUUGUUGGGAGCACUUUGUUGCUGCAUUUGUGACCCAGGUGUGAAUACUGUUACUCAAGAAAUAAAGCCAGCUGAAUCAUUAGCUCAGCUACUGCUCUUCCACUUGAAUUCUAAAUCUGCCUUGCAGAGGAUUAGUGUUGCAUUAGUAAUCUGUGAGUGGGCAGCCUUGCAAAAGGAGUGUAGAACUGUGGCCAUUUGUGUGCAACCUCGUUUACUUGGGGUCCUUUCUGAACAUCUCUAUUACGAUGAAAUUGCUGUUCCUUUUACACGAAUGCAGAAUGAAUGUAAACAACUCAUCUCAUUGUUGUCUGAUGCACACAUUGACAUUGGAAACAGAGUAAACUGCAGUGUAUUUACAAUAGAUCAAGCUAAUGAGCUGGUUACUUCUGUUUUCAAUGAAGUGACGUCAUCCUUUACUUUGAAUCCUAAAAUUCUGCAACAGUUGGACAGUAAACGACAACAAGUCCAAAUUACUGUUACAGAAACAAAUCAAGAAUGGCAAGUGUUGCAUCUGCGAGUCCAUACGUUUGCUGCAUGUGCAAUUGUGAACUUGCAGCAGCUUCCAGAAAAACUAAAUCCUGUUAUAAAACCCUUAAUGGAAGCUAUAAAAAAAGAGGAAAAUACACUUGUACAAAACUAUGUGGCUUCGUGUAUAGCAAAAUUACUUCAGCAGUGUACAACAAGGUCUCCUUGUCCCAACUCAAAGAUUAUAAAAAAUCUCUGCAACUCUCUCUGUGUGGAUCCACAUCUUACCCCACUGGCAACAUGUCCUGCACAGCCUCAGACUAGCCAUGAAAACUCAAAAGGUUCAAACUCUGAUAAAGAUGGGAUGCAUCAUAUGGUUACCAAGCACAGGGGAAUAAUUACACUGUACAGACAUCAGAAAGCUGCUUUUGCCAUCACAAGUCGGCGAGGUCCUACUCCAAAAGCUCCAAAAGCACCAAUUGCAGAUCUCCCCACUGGCAGUAGUGGAAGCAUUUCUACAGAGCUUGAUGAGGCUCAGAAACCUUACGUUGUACAGAGAAGAGGAGCUGAAUUUGCCUUAUCUACUAUAGCUAAACAUUUUGGUGCUGAAAUGGCAACAGGAUUGCCACAUCUCUGGGAUGCUAUGGUUGGUUCAUUAAGGAACAACAUUCACAUAAAUAAUUUUGACCGAAAGUCCUUACUGGAAAAAGGAGAUGCUCCUGCCCAGGAACUAGUAAAUUCUUUACAGGUUUUUGAAACCACAGCAGCUUCGAUGGAUACUCAGCUACAUCCUCUGUUAAUACAGCAUUUGCCUCAUCUUUAUAUGUGCCUUCAACAUCCCAGCACUGCAGUGAGACACAUGGCUGCUCGUUGUGUAGGUGUCAUGAGCAAGAUAGCUACCAUAGAAACAAUGAAUAUCUUUCUAGAGAAAGUUCUACCGUGGUUGGGAGCAAUAGAUGACAACACCAAACAAGAAGGUGCAAUUGAAGCACUUGCAUGUAUCCUUGCUUGA